AUCUUUCCAUUUUAUUCUACCUCAAGUUUAAAAAUUUAGAAUAAGCAUUAAAAAGUGUUUAACUACACUAACUACCUAGUGAAUUAAAUAUAAAGAAGUUUAUGUUCCUUACUACAUAUAAACUUAUCAAAUUAAUAAAAGAAGAAAUUUGUGUUCAGUCCUCUGUGAAAUAUCAACAAGUGAAAUUGUUUCAAUCUUUAUUCGAAAUGGCAGUGCGUGCUAAAAAGUAUAUUUAUGGAAGUGCUUUCAAGGGCGAACCAAAGCUUUCUGAUAUUCAGUUAGUCGAAGAAGAUUUGCCACCUCUAAAAGAUGGAGAAAUAUUGAUUGAAGCUCUGUUUUUGAGUGUAGAUCCUUAUAUGAGACCGUACAUGACAAGAUAUCCAGUAGGGACCCCAAUGAUUGGAGGUCAAAUGGCCAAAGUGAUCGAUUCGAAACAUUCCAAAUAUCCGAAAGGAACGAUUGUGUUUGCUCAAGUUGGUUGGCGCACACAUACAAUCGUUAAUCCUGAAGAACUCAAAAUACAGGAAUUUUAUGAGUUUCCAAAAUUUGAGGGUCUAUCCCCUUCUUUGGGUCUCGGAUAUUUGGGAAUGCCGGGAAACACUUCCUAUUUUGGUUUCUUAGAAAUUUGUAAACCAAAGGAAGGAGAAACUGUUGUUGUGACUGGUGCUGCGGGAGCUGUCGGUUCACUUGUUGGUCAAAUUGCUAAGCUUAAAGGAUGUCGAGUCAUUGGUUUUGCUGGUUCCGACGACAAAUGCAAAUGGUUAGAAGAUGAGUUAAACUUUGACAAAGCUAUCAACUACAAAAAAGGAGAUAUGGAAAAAGCAUUGAAGGAAGCGGCUCCCAAAGGGGUUGAUUGUUACUUUGAUAACGUUGGUGGUGAAUUGAGUUCAAUCAUUAUUCAUCAAAUGAAUUUGUUCGGCCGUAUAUCUGUUUGUGGGUCAAUUUCUGGGUACAACGAUCAAGAGAUUCUUGUUCCAGCACCACAGAAAAAAUUUGUUUUUUCACAACUUAAAAUGGAAGGAUUUAUUGUUUGGAACUGGGCAAGCCGUUGGUUUGAAGGCAUAACAGAGGUUGGAAAUUGGAUCCAAUCAGGAAAAGUCAAAUACCAUGAGACCAUAACACUUGGAUUUGAGAAUAUGCCAAAAGCUUUCAUUGAAAUGUUGCGUGGAAAAAACACUGGAAAGGCUAUUAUUAAAAAGCGUCAACAUAUAAACGGCUUGCAUAAUAAGAAAAUUAUCAUGAUGAUUCGGCGUCUUUUUUCGAGUAAUGCUUUAAAGGCACGUAAAUUUUUGUAUGUGAAACCAUUCAAAGGUGAACCCACUGCGUCAAACUUUGAACUUGUUGAGGAAGAUGUUCCUGCUUUGAAGGAUGGUGAGAUUUUAGCUGCAGCUGAAUAUAUUUCGGUUGAUCCUUAUAUGCGUCCUUAUAUGGCUAAUUAUGAGCCGCCUUGUACGAUGAUUGGUGGACAAAUUGCUAAUUUCCCAAAAGAUGAAAUAAUUUUUGGUCAAUUUGGAUGGAGAACGCAUAAAGUUCUCAACCCAACUGAAAGGCAGAAAGAAAGUUUUCAAGAUUGUUAUAUAUUGCCAAAAUGUGAAGGUCAUCCUACAUCAUUGGGUUUGGGAGUUCUUGGAAUGCCUGGUAAUACUGCUUAUUUUGGUCUUCUAGAAUUAUGCAAACCUAAAAAAGGAGAAACAAUUGUAAUAACUGGUGCUGCGGGUGCAGUCGGCUCCCUUGUUGGGCAAAUUGGAAAACUUCAAGGAUGUCGUGUGAUUGGUUUUGCUGGUUCCGAAGAUAAAUGUAGAUGGUUAGAAAAUGAAUACGGGUUUGACAAAGCGAUCAAUUACAAAUCGGAGAAUCUAUACAAACAAUUAAAAGCAGCGGCCCCAAAAGGUGUUGAUUGCUUUUUUGAUAACGUGGGAGGAGAAGCGAGUUCAAUGAUAUUUCAUCAAAUGAAUAAUUAUGGAAGAGUUGCAGUCUGUGGUGCAAUUUCUUCCUACAACUCUGAAAUACCAAAAGUUCCCGCACCACAAACUAUUUUUGUUUUUAAACAACUGAAAAUGGAAGGAUUUUUGGUCUGGAGAUGGUCUCAUAAAUGGAUGGAAGGGAUUACAGAAAUUGCAAAAUGGGUUCAAGACGGCAAAAUUAAGUAUCAUGAAACUGUAACUGAAAACUUUGAGAACAUGCCAAAAGCUUUUAUUGAAAUGCUACAAGGAAAAAAUUAUGGAAAAGCAAUUGUUAAA